AUGAGAUCACUUAUACAGACUGGUCAACCUACAACCCAGUUUUCGGAAAUGUUCCUUAAAAUCGGCAAUGGACAAAUUACGUCCGACGACAACGGAUACAUUGACACUACCACCAUUGGCCACACUAUCUCCAGCCCUGUUGACUUAUGUUCUGCCGUUUACCUAAAUCUUACAAUGGAAUAUAUAAAACCAGGUUGGCUUCGCGACAGGGCUGUUCUUGCACCUACAAAUGCAGCUGUCAACACUCUUAACUACGACUUACUUAGUCAGCUACCUUCUCAAGAACGUUGUUACAGAUCAGUUGACACCGUUAAUUAUCUUAAUCAGGUUACACACUUUCCAACAGGACUCCCUCCCCAUGAACUUCACUUAAAAGUCGGUUGCCCUGUCAUCCUCCUACGCAAUCUAAACGCACCUACGCUAUGCAAUGGAACACGCCUUGUGGUCAAACAAAUGAUGGACCACGUCAUUGAAGCCCAAAUUAUCACGGGACACGACAAAAACGAUACUGCUUUCAUUCAAAAAAUUCCGCUAAACCCAAUUGACUGUUCCUACCCAAUGCAGAGACUUCAGUUCCUUCUCAAACUCAGCUUCGCCAUGACAAUUAACAAAGCACAAGGUCAGUCGCUGAAAGUUGUCGGACUGGAUCUUCGAACGUCGUGCUUUUCACAUGGACAAUUCUACGUCGGUUGUUCCAGAGUUAACCAUCCAGACAACAUAUCUUUGCUCCUGAAGGAAAAACCAAAAAUGUCUACAAAGCAGCCCUACAGUAUUUAUUCCUCUACUGCAAUCUUCACAUCUACGUUAAACUGUAGCCGUUAG